AUGUCUGACCUUUUCGACAUUGGCGCCCAAUCCGUCCGUCUCCAGCAGCGAGAGUUGCUCCAGUCAUCCCUCCCCGAGAGCCAGACACUCCCGCCUCUCGCACUCAUUCACGCUGCCUCAGCCAGCCUCCCCAAUCCCUCCGACCCAGGUUUCCUUUCCGGCCAGCCUGCUGCCGACGUCGCCCGACAUAUCACGCAACAUAUUGUACCUGCGCUAUGCGGCCAGUCACAGUCGAGCCGAUAUUUCGGCUUCGUCACUGGCGGUGUCCUUCCGCUGGCCGAAUGGGCUGACAAUGUCGUCUCCCAUAUGGACCAAAACGUGCAGGUCCAUCUCCCGGAGCAGUCCGUGUCCACAUCCGUCGAGAACGCCGCUCUGCAGAUGUUGAUAGGCCUGUUGCGCCUGGAAUCAGAAUGGAAGGGCCGCACAUUCACCACGGGAGCCACUGGUAGCAACGUCCUCGGGCUGGCGUGCGGGCGUGAAGCUGUUCUUCAGAAGAUGGGCGCGUCGGUGGGCGAGCUCGGCCUGUUGGGCGCUUGUGUCAAGGCAGGAGUCUCUGAAAUUCAGAUCCUCACCAGCGGAGGCCAUAGCUCGCUCUCCAAGGCAGCGAGCGUGGUUGGCCUGGGGAGGGCAUCCGUAAAGGAGCUUCCUCGAAGUGCGGCCCAGCCAUGGAAACUAGACCUCGACGCCGUAGAGAGAGAAUUGAGUCGCCCCGGGACAGCAAGCAUCAUUGCCGUUAGCAUGGGAGAGGUGAACACCGGAGGCUAUGCGCUCGAUAAUAUUGACGAGUGGAAGAGGUUGAGGCAACUAGCCGAUCGUCAUGAUGCUUGGAUCCAUGCCGAUGGAGCGUUCGGCAUUUUCUGUAGUGUUUUGGAUGACCGAGAUGAAUACCGGCUGCUUCGCAAUCGCGUCAAAGGCAUCGACCUGGCCGACAGCAUCACAAUCGACGGCCACAAGAUGCUCAACGUUCCGUACGACUGCGGCAUGUUCUUCACCCGCACCUCAUUCAUCCUAGAAUCCGUAUUCGUCAACCCAAACGCCGCAUAUCUCGCCUCGGGCCCAGCUGCCAACAUCUCGUCUCCUCUCAACGUAGGCCUCGAAAACUCGAGACGUUUCCGCGCACUGCCCGCCUACGCCGUGCUCCUCAGCGAAGGACGUCCCGGCUUCGCUCACCUGUUUCACAACAUGACCCAGCUAUCCCGCAAGCUGGCCGUCUUCCUGCGAGAGUCGCCGUAUUAUGAGUUGCUGCCCAACGAAAGCGGCGACAUUGAAGAGAUUUUCAUAAUUAUUCUGUUCAGGGCAAAGGACAAGAAGCUAAACGACGAAUUGGUGGCGAAGAUUAACGCGACGAGGCAGCUGUACGUAAGCGGGACCAGCUGGAAAGGCGAAAAGGCUGUGAGAGUCGCAGUGUCGAACUGGAAGGUCCAUGUCGAGCGGGAUUUCAAAGUGGUGACAAGGAUUCUGAAUGAUGUUGCCGAGGGAAGAGAGUUUGAUAUCGAGAAAUGUGUAUCGUAA